CCGCCGCCGCCGCCAUGCCGGGCCUGCUCCUCGGCGACGAAGCGCCCAACUUCGAGGCGGACACCACCUACGGCCCCCUCCGCUUCCACGACUACCUGGGAGACUCAUGGGGCAUCCUCUUCUCUCACCCUCGAGACUUUACCCCAGUUUGCACCACGGAACUUGGUCGAGCCGCCAGGCUGGCUCCCGAGUUUGCCAAGAGGAAUGUGAAGAUGAUCGCUCUGUCAAUAGACACUGUCCAAGACCAUCUUGCUUGGUGUAAGGACAUCAAUGCAUACAACGGAGAGGAGCCCACGGAGAAGCUGCCUUACCCCAUCAUCGCCGAUGCUAAAAGGGAGCUUGCUGUGAAAUUGGGCAUGUUAGACCCAGAUGAAGUGGACAAGGAUGGCCUGCCUCUGACAGCUCGUGUGGUAUUUGUUUUUGGUCCUGACAAGAAGCUAAAGCUGUCUAUCCUCUACCCGGCCACCACGGGCAGAAACUUUGAUGAGAUCCUCAGAGUGAUCGAUUCCCUGCAACUGACAGCAUGCAAGAAGGUAGCCACCCCAGUGGACUGGAAGAAUGGUGACAGUGUCAUGGUCAUUCCAUCCCUCCCUGAAGAGGAGGCCAAAAAGCUGUUUCCUAAAGGGGUCUUCACCAAGGAGCUCCCUUCGGCCAAGCGAUACCUCCGUUACACCCCCCAGCCGUAGGACCCUCCGGCCCACCAGCUGGCUCUUCUGACCUUGCCAGCUGAGGGGAUACCACGCGGACAUUUGUACUACAGCCAUCUCUAAACAUCCUGGGCUGACACACAGUUAGGUCUGUGGGUGGCUCUACUACUGGUUUGUUAAAGGAGAACUGCACUAAAAAUAAUCUAAUUUCUCUUUUACAGUGCCUUCACCAGCCCUUUGUUCAUUUAAUAGGCUCAGUAUUGGAGACUUUAAGUCUUGUUGAGAGUUGGUGACCAGUUGGUCUUGGAAAAGUAUGGCAUUCCCUAACUUCCUUAUGAUUCUUUUUUUUGUCCCUAGUGCUGGUUUCAGGAAGGACUGGUGUUGCAUGUCAAAUUUAUAAGUGCACCCUCCUUGGUGUGAAUUUCUAAAUGCAAUUUAAGAAUCCAGAUGUUUCAGGCAGUUUUUUCUCCUGUAUUGGGAGGUUGCAAAAAGCUUUGAGUCUAACCCUUUCUACAACAUGAGUAAGACUACUGUGCUGCCAAGAGCUUUCCCUAGAAUUAAGGCUUCAGGGAAAUUUGCUUCAUCUCAGUGGAAGAUUGGUUAUAUACCACGAGCUCCUGUACCUUGGAAAUGCUCACAUUAUAUGGGGAGGGAUAGAUACUGUUGCUUUCUUCAGAAUGCUUAUUUCUGCCUCUGGUAGUUUUUUGCUUUCUGAUUUGCCUUUUGGAAUUCAGCAAAUAAAAUUAUCGGUUGAAACCAG